GCGCAGCUACCGCUACCUCUGCCGACAGCUGUUCCAGCGGGACCACCUAUGCCGUCGCCGUCACCAACAGCGUCGGCUGUAGUUUCUGUACCGCUUUACACCAGCCGGCCUAGCCUCGUCCCGACUGCCACACCUCAGCCUCAGUACCCUGUUGCUCAUACGGCUGCUCUUUCUCCGUCACUUACGCACAUCGUUCCAGACCAGUCUCCCUCAGUCGCUCAGGUUAAGGGCUACGCGCCGCCGCCUCCUCCGGGAAGCAAGAGUCAGCGAAGGGUGUCCAUAUCGGAGAGGCCUUCGGUCACCACCUUCUCGCCGUUCGAAGCGGCAUCCGGUGUCGGCGGGCCCGCUCAAGCACCCACUGGUCUCCGAGCCAGCCGAGCCCAAGCCCUUCGACUGCCUCCGUGGCCAGCACCUUGAGCAGGCUGCUCGACAAGGU